GAAUAUUUGGCAACCCAGAUCGAGUCCAGUAGAGGCAAACGCUCAGAGCCACGAGCACAAAGCCGAGUCAGGAAAUGUCUGUCGGGUCUCGGACGCGCUUCUGAAGUCGGCCUGAGAAUUUUUUGAAAACCGGUUUACCACAAUGCCGAUGGAUCCUAUAUUCCAGUUUGGGGUGUUUUACGCGUUAUUGUGUCACUGCGUCUUUGGUUCUGUUCCUUCUGCAACAAACGUCAGUGUUGUUUGCCACAACUUUGUGAAUGUGUUGUACUGGAACUACAGUCAUCCAGCUGAACAGCUGAAGUUCAGUGUACUGGUCAAACCUUAUCAAAGUGAUCCCCAAACUGUUGACACUUCCCAGACGUACCUUGAUAUCAGCAACUACAGCAAAGAUGCGGCUGAUGAUUACUCUGUGUCUGUGACGGCACAUGUUGGACAAGAGAAAUCAGAAAGUGCCUCCAUUAAAUUCACCUACAGCGAAGACUUUUAUGAUGCGAUCCAGCAUAAAUAUAAAUGCUCUUUGGACUUUCCAGCUGUAAAUGAUUCUGUCCACAAAGAUGUGAUUGAAGUGUCCUUUUGGCACCCUUCCUUAAUUUAUGAGCAAGACAUUCCAGAUGAAGAAUUCAUAUACACAAUCACUCAUGAUCAGAAAAAGACUUCAUACCUAUGUUUUUAUGAUGAGGAUGUAUGCACUGCAAAAAUCCACCUUAAGCAAAGUUUGGCCGGACGUUGUGUUGAGUUGAAGUUUGAAGGGAAGAUUGCUGCUAUUCCUACAUAUACCUACAAAAACGUCUGUGUCCCUGAGCAGACGCCUGAGACUGACCACACAGGAUUAAUCGCGGCUUUGCUGGGAGGAGGGUUCGUGUUGCUCUUCAUUACCGUGGGCGUUGUUUGGGUCCUCUACAAGAAGUGGAACGACUGGCCCAAAGUUCCUGAAGUUUUGCGGAGCAUAAUUCCUGGCCAAACUACUACAGCACUCCUUCCACAAUCCGAGCAGCCCGCCUUUCCUCAACCGCAACGUUUUGGACACCAACCCCUACUGAACGAAAUCAGCCAUGAAUCCGGUGGUUCUACCCCUGAUUCUCCAGUCUGUGAAAUAACUGACCUUGAUGACACAGAUCCGUAUGAACCUAAGCUUCCUAUAACGGAGGAUAGUGAUGGUGAAUCUACAGUCAUCGAACCGUCUGGUUAUAACAGUCCAAAAAACCUUGAGAUUGAGAUUGGUCCAGAGGACUUUGCUGAGGGAUACGGUCCACGGCCAGCAGUAAUUUAGGUCUUAAUUUGUGUAAGAAUGACAAAGGAAAAUCUUUCCAUGUCUUGUAGAAAGAUGGUUUGUUCACACAAAGUCGUUUAAUGAAAUCUUUAUGGUCCAUUAGCAAUUUCACACACUGGGUUGUGCUUAACACCCACUGACACUAGAUGCUCCCAUUAAAACCAUCAAAGCUGUCUACAGUGCAGCCAGUGAGUAGAUCUUUUGAUUAUGGUGAGAGCGAUCUAGUUUUGUUGUAAUGCUUGUAGUUUAGACAGUGGGAACAUUUACAUGCACAUCCAACUCCCAAAAAUCAGCUUACUGAAUAAACCCGUCCUGGUUUACAUGCAAACCAAUAACCUGGCAAUGCAAGUUAAAGGUGCAAUAGGAUAUUUUCAAAGGUUCUAGCAAUAGCGAGAUAGCAUUCAAAUCAUAACAUCCCACCCUCCCCUCAGAGCGUCUCCAAAGCCACGCACACACAGUUGCUCUCGGCAAAGCAAGAGCAAGAGAUGGCGUCUCAAAGCAUGUAAUAUUACAAUAAUAAUGAACGUAAACAACUUGGAGAGCUUGUACCUGACUGCUGCAGAUUCAUUUCGGAGUUGAUAAAUACAUAAUUCCGAGUCUGAGGACGUGAACAGCUCUGGUUAAAACAUUACAUCUUUUAAUUACAGUAGUUAUGGCAUGAACGCAGCUUUGUUCGGUUCGGUUGGAACUGUAAAAGGCGGCUGCUGUUUGUUUGCGCUGCUCUGCGACUGACGUCUGUCUAACUCUGCACAGCAUGAAACGCGCCGAUGACGUAUGAUGUCUGCGCAAACAGGGUGCGGGAGGGAAUGUAAAAACAUACAUUGACAGACAGGUAGGACAUCGUAUUAUUUAAUUAUACCAAAUAUAAUAAUUAGAUGAACAUUUUAUGGUCUGACGCCUUCCACAGAAGAUAAAUAUUUUUAAAAAUACAUUUAGACCAUUUAGACCAGACUGCUAUCAGGAGACUUUCAAGCUUUUGCACCUUUAACCGUGUUUACAGGAUUUAAAAAAAACUCAAGUUAUUCCCCAGUAGUAAUGUCCAAAUUCAAUCAUUUGCGUAUCUGACUCGAGUAGUAGUAUUAAAAACUUUUUAACAUCACAUGAAGUGAAUGACUCACAUUUUUAUGUGAUGUUAAAGAGUUUUUAAUACUCAAAUAUCAGCAGCAACUUGUAACAACUCAUAUUUUCCACUCAUGCAAUGUAGUAUUUUGACUGAACCAAUUAUGCUUUGGUUGAACGAGAUGUGAAUUUUUUAUUUUUUUUUAUAUGAACAUUUUUAUAAUUUUUUGGGGUCAAGAAAGAGUCAAAGCAUGCAAUACACUUUUCUGUUACAUUUCAUACACGUGCACUUCAUUAAGCCCACAGAACGCAGGGUAAUGUUUACGGGAGUAACGGGCUGAAAUCUAGCUGUAUCAACCGGUUUUAGCUGUUUCUGUCCUUACUCUGAUAAACAUGUUAAUACUUUUACAUGACCACCCACAUCGUCAGCUUAUUAAGCAUAAUCAGGUGAAGAACGUGCAUGUAAACGCUCUCAGUGUUAACUAAAGCCAUGGUGAGUUUCCCAAUAACCUGCAUUAAAUGAUUGUGUAAAUAAAAUAAUUUUGGUGAAAAUGUUAAGGGUGUCUACACAGGGCACUAUAAGAAAGAAAAGCCAUAGAAAAAUGGACAAAGUCAUGUCAGAAAUAUACCAGAACUUUUCCCCUAAGUUUAUGGACAUUUCAGUCCUAAAACACAACACGCUUAAAAGCAUAAUUCAGAUUAUGGGUAAAAUACCUGUGGGAAAAAAAAGGAAUACAGAAAAUGUCUUAAUAUUAAGGUACAUUAUGGUGUUUAUGCUACAUCAGAAGAUGAUGGGAAUGCAAAUACGAUGCUCCAUCAGUCAACCAAAAACUUGUGAAAAUUAGAAUUUUUGCUGAAACGCACUCUGAGGUAAGCAUCCGUUAACCAAUGAGAAGUUCAUAGAGCCGUUUCAAAAAAUCCAUUUUGCUGUUUUCCCACUCUACAACAUCAAAACUCAUCUUGCACACUCCUGUCUGUCAAACGCUCCGGCAAGUCUUCUCUAGUCCGAGAAAGUGCUUAUGAGCCAUAACUUUAUUUUUCUUGAUUUUAUCAAGAAACGCAUGUACAGAUCAUGGCAUACAUUUAUGUUUGGGGCACUUAAAGUUCUGGAUCCAGUCCUGCUGUAGGUUUAACUGUGGAGAACUUGUUUGUCAAAGGAUUUUCCAGACCUGUUACUUUGCCAAGUUGAAUAUCUCACUUGUUUAUGUCGCUAUAUACACAUUUCAAUACAGUGGUAUAAUCUGUUACAUACAGUAUGUAAAGUUGUUGCUUCGAUAACAUCAUAUUCAAGUGUCUAAUAAUGACAAUAACAGGCUACAUUUAAUAUCUGCCAGAAGCUUCUCUGUAAUUGUACAUUUCUGUGGUUGAAAAGACAUUAUGUAGGUUAAAAAGAGCAAUCAGCAUUACUCUGAAUGCCUCGAGCAAACAUUUCAUGAUAUAGUUGUGAUGUUACUUUUUGGUAUUUAAAAAGUGUCAAAAUGUAAUUCUGGGGAAAAUACAUGUGGUAUGCAUUUUUUUUUUUUUAACUCUAUGCACUUUUUUAUUAAAUCCCUUCUAAUUUUUAAGUUUCUUUUCAUUUUAAAGCAUUACGCCUUUUAAAAAAAAAAAAGAAAAAGAAAAAAAAAAAAAAAAAAAGAAAAUAUUGCACUUAAUCAAGUUUUAUCAAGAAUGUAGGAAUCUCCACACUGACCAGACAAGAUGGCUAUAAAAAAAAAAAAAAAAGGCUCGCUCAAUUAUGAAGUUAGCUUAGGGCCAGGGUGGGCAAACUCGAUCCUGGAGGGCCACUGUCCUGCAGGGACAGCGGCCCUCCAGGACCGAGUUUGCCCACCCUUAGGGCCCCAAAAAUGACAAUCCCAUCCCUUACUAACUGUACAAAGUAUUCUCAUUUACAUGUGUGCAUUUGGCAGAACUUGUCAUCUGAAUUCACACACAAUGACUUCAAUGCAUACAGUUGAUCAGUGGGUAUUUCCAGGAAAUUGCACUCAUGGCCUAGCUGUUGCUAGUGCCAUAGUGUGCCAGUCGAGUUUGACGAUUUUGUAUGUGUGUGUCAAGUUCAUGCUGUUUUUUUGUUUUUUUAAUAUUUUAAUUUAAUUUGAUUUGUCUGUAUAUAAUGUCUGUUUGAUGUUCAUAUGUAUUUCCAAAUUAAGUUGCUAGAAAUUUAAAUUGCAAUAAACCAAGUGACUGGCUUCUUUACUUAAGCUGUUUAUUAAACCUUUGGGGCACUCUA